UUUAUAGGGCCCUCGGUUCAUGGUUCUAUUGUAGCUCUAGAAUCUUACUGGUGCCGGCAGCUGAGCCAACAAAUCAAUUGAAAGAAAUUUGGUAUUGGCGAAAGGCGGCAGCUGUCAAAACAGCCACCAGUCGCACAAAAAGCUCUAUUGACGCCUUUUUGUUUUCUGGCUCCUUUCAAGACCCUAGUUUGUCAAAUAUGAGCCGCAUCUUUUGCGUUUGAAAGCGGUAGCUCGAAGACGCCCCGCGAUCUGGGCCAGACCUGCUGUGCCACACGACGCUAAGUGGUGGCUAACUUGGGUGGCUGCCGCACUCUGUUGCCUGAGUUUAGGCGCCUCUGAAUAUUUAAAAAAAACAUGCCCACUUUCUAAUAAUCUGACAUGUAUAGGUAGAUUUGUUAAGGAAGUUUUUCGUUUUAUAUCUUUAAAAGAAGCAUAAAUCAAAAGUCUUAGGGGACAGAAGGAGUUUCCUGAAGAUUCCCGAUCUUCAGAAUAUGUUUCCAUUACACACAGUACACAGUAGAAGAGUUGCUUUCACAUUACCUGGAUUCUAAAUUAGAGACUCACUAAAAACACCAAAAAUUCCAUUCGAGAAAACGACAACUGCUCUCGAUAUUUAAUUUAUAUACUUGUAAAAAUCAUGCCACAACCAAACUAAACACAACUGCUCCGUAAUAAUAUAUAUUAUGUUAUUUUUCACCGAUUUAAAAAAAUAAAACAUAUUAGCUACAAUAUCAAAUACAUUUAAUUAGCCAAUCUAUUAGUAAGUUCUCCUUCCUCACUUUUUAUUACAAAUGCUCAGAAGCGAAUGCUGCCUAUUUUGUGUCAUGUUUCAAUCUUUUCUAAGCCCUAAAUUAAAAACUGAAGCGCAAUUAAGCCAUUUGUAUUGAUUUGGCAUAAACAGCAAAUUAUCCAUUUUCCGAAAUCUUUGGAAUAUUUCUGGCAAACAACAGGAACAAAUAUGGCAAAAUUGGGCUGGAAACAGCUGCGCAAACUUGCGAAAAAUGUCUUCGGGUGAGCGGGCCACUAUAAAAGCCAUCACCCCAGAGAGCCCCCAGCAUUGGCAAGAUCAAAUCAAAGUAAGCGCACAAUGAGAGCACCCGUACUAUUUGGAGCUGUCUUCAUCCUGACAGCCUGUCUCCUGAGGAGCAGCGAGGCUGUGACCUGCACCGCCGAACCAAACAACGCCCAAUGCAUCAACUGCACCACCAACCCCACCGAUGCGGAGUGCGUGGCCGAGGCUGCAGCCACUUCAUCUACGACCACGACCACAACCACGGCGGCUACCACCACUGCCGCCACUACGGCUGCUCCGUCCACCUCCGGUGGUGCGACCGGUCCACGGCGGAAGAUCGUGACUAUCAGAAACAUGUACUACACAAACGUCCGGCGCAUUCGGACGAACCGCAACGGGAGGGGCACCACCAACAGGCGGGGGGGCAGGACCAAUACCAAUCGGCGAAAUCGCAGGCGCAACGGCAACAACGUCCGCGUCAUAGUCGGGUGAAGACAUCGGCCCUGAACUUUAUGGUACUCAUGCAAUAAAGAACCUACUGAAAUGAAA